CAGAGGCGGUAUUGCAGGCGGAAGUGCCGCACCUGUUGAAGCGUUGACGCCUCAUCUUCAGUUUAACUUCACUCACCUGAAACUGCAGACACCUGGAAGGCUUUUGGAAGUUCACCGAGCGUCUGGCCCGUCGUCCGGCAGGGAAAACAGGAGUUUAUGGAUAAAUUAAAGAAGGUGCUGAGCGGUCAGGACGAUGGAAACGCGGACGGGAACGGCAUACUGGAGAGAGCCAAUCAGGCAUCGACGUUGGCCUGGGGGACGAGGAUGAAGGGCUUUAUUGUCUGCUUCUUCCUGGGUGUGUUCAGCUCCAUCCUGGGUACCUGUAUGCUGUGGAUCCCAGGUAUUGGUCUCGCCGUGUUCGCUGUCCUCUACAGUGUGGGAAACAUCUGUGCUCUGGCCAGCACCAUGUUCCUGAUUGGUCCUUGGCGGCAGCUGAGGACCAUGUGCGCCAAAGAGAGAGCGUUCGCCACCAUCAUCAUGCUGGUCUGUCUGGCGUUGACGCUGUGUGCUGCUUUCUGGUGGAAGAAUAACGGUCUCGCUCUGCUCUUCUGUGUCCUUCAGUUUCUGGCUUUCACCUGGUACGGCCUUUCCUACAUCCCCUUCGCCAGGGACGCCGUCAUGAAAUUAUUUUCAAUCUGCAUCUAGACCCCCCCCCGGUUCCCCACCUGUCUGACCAAUCAGGACGCAGCUCCCUGUGUGGUUUGUAUCCAAUCAGCAGUGAGCACUGUGGUUUUCAACUGACCGAGGCCUUAAAUAUUUCAAACUCGGAACCAGUGAAAGUCUUAAAAUCAGGUGUCUUAAAGAAAAGCAGGCCAGACCUGGUUUCCAUGGAGACCAGUUCUCUCUAGAUGUACAGGUUGUGUUGUGGUUCUUGUUGUAACUUCCUGUUUCCUGUCUGUUUCGACUGGACUGUUACCUGGAGCCAGUUUCCGUGUUCACACCAGGACACGAUCAGGAUCAGUGUUAAUUUUUGUGCCAGAUUUUGAUUUCGUUUUAGUCUUUUGACAAAUACGUGUAUUAGUUUUAGUCAAAUUUUAGUCAUUUGAUUUUUGUAAGUUGUAGUUUUCGUUGUGACGUGUUCGUCUCAUUUCACAUUAUCGUUGAGUUUUAUAAAGUAGAACACAUUUCGUUAUAGUUCUCAGACUCAAAGGUUACUUUUUAUUUAGCUUUAGUCUUGUUUUUUCGUUGUGAAAAAAUAGGUCACCGACCAAUAUGUUUCGUCAUAGUUUUCAUUUAGUAAAAUUAACACUGAUCUGCAUUUAGUCUGAACCUUCAGGAACCAGGAACUGUAUGCCCCCGAUUCUGAUUCGCUACCUAAUAUUUAUAUUUUUAAUAUUUUAAUGUGGCUGCACAGCUCCCACUUUAGAGCUGACACAUACAGUAGAUGGUAAGACUUGACUUUCAGCCCUCUAUUUAGCAGUUACAAUCAGUAUAUAAACCUGUAAUAACUGGUUUAUACCAGACUGUAAUGUAAUAAGAAGCAGGUAUACGGACAUUUUUAAGUGUUUAGUAAUAUUCUGUGUCUGUAAACAAGCCAGUGAAGACAUUUUUUAUAUGAUUGCCCUUUUUGAGGGUGAAUAAAUCAUCAUUAAUUUGUCCUCAAACAACAAAUUGGGCAUAAAGUUGGAGACUUUCACAUCUGAUGCCGUAUGUGCAAGACGAUUACCACAGUCUCGUUUGAUACUGGUGUCGGUGCUAAUUGAACUGCUGCACUUUUCCCACACACAACUGAAACUAUCUCUUUAGCACGUGGUAGGAAAUGGAAGACGUGCGGCUUCCCAGCUUUCUCAAUCCAAUGAGAGAAAACGAGCGAGGCCUGAAGGGCUCCGUCGCUCAGCGCAGCAGCUUUCACGGAGAGUUUUCAUUUGAAAAACACGAGCGAUUCACGAUUCAGACUCUGCAGGUGCCUUUGCAUCUCGGAACGUUCAAGGCGGUCCUUCGCCAACACAUCGCCACCUAUCACACACUGUGUUCAUGGAUCCAUCUCAGGCCUGAGUGAAGCCAGACUCCAGCUACUUUUCUUCAUAGUUUCCUGCUUCUUCCUGCUUUUGGUGGAGUUGGAGUUGUUAACAAAUACAUUCAUAAACACUUAGAUUUGAUUCGUCAGAACCAGUUAUUACACGUUUAUAAACCGAUUAUAAAUGCCAAAGAGAGGGAUUUAAAGUAAACUUUAGCUGUUGCUUAUUUAGUCAUGAAUAUUUAACGUGAUAGGGAAGCGCUUAUGUACAAUCUGAAGCCGAGUUUUCAGGGUCUUCGGAGACGAGCGGCAGCUGAAAAUCUUGUUUCUGCUGCAGUGAUGUAGGAGUGCACCCAUGGCCGUGUCACUACGCUGUGAACUCACUGCCGGUGGGGUCAGAGGUGCAACAGUGCACGCCUCAGAUCACACCUGUGGCCAGAUGCGUGAAACAGUUGCAACGUGUGGUCACUUAAUCAAUUAGACGAUCAACAGAGAAUUAAUCUGUCGCUAUUCUGAUAAUCGAUGAAUCGUUUUCGUCAUUUAUUAAGCACAAAAGGCGAAUAUUUGCUGUUCUAGCUUCUUAAACUUGAAGUUUUGAUGCCUUUCUUUGUCUUAUAAGCUAUUUGUAAACAGAAUAUCUUUGGCUUUUGUACAUUGGUCGGACAAACCAAGACAUUUGAAGACAUCACCUGGGGAUGUGUCAAAUCAUAAAGAGCAGUUUUCACUAUUUUUGACAUCUUCAUAGAUGAAACAAUAAAUCGACACUGAGAAAAUAAUCAUCAGAUUAAUCAAUAAAUGUCAUUAGUUGCAGCCCUUUAUGACCUAAACUGAGUGCACAGACGGAAAUAAGCAACCGUGUUGUCUUUAUCAGAUUUACGAAUCUGUGCGUAUUCAUGGUUCUGUUUUACUCGCUUCACUCAGUCAUCGUGAAGCGUCAUUUCCACACGUUGUUUAUCAGUACCCCUGUGCGUCACUGUGAAACCGCUUUCCAGCCUGGUGUUAGUGGUGGUCAGCACCUUCUGCCUGACCACCAGCACCUCCUCCAUGACCUCCGCUUUGCCUUCUGGGCAUAAUGGUCCAAGCAGCUUUGGCAGAAACCUUCACAUUUCACUGAACCAGCUCUUUCUGUAAACCUGUCAUUCACAUUUCAGUUUUAACUGUACUCAUUGGAACAAUUUUAAUAAAUAUUUAUGUCUGUA